AUGGUGCAACAUACAAGGACACACCAAUCUUCUGCACAAUCUUUGAUCCCCGUCAUUAAAUGUUGCAUGAAAGAAUACUGUCUUGUUGAAGAAGAUCAUCACUCACUAAUUCCUGUUCGUCGUCAAAUUUCCACAUCAAUACGUCAAUUGGAUGGGAAUCUAUAUGUGUUACAAACUAGCAGAACCACCAGAGGGCUUCUAGCCCAACGGUGGUGGUAUCAGGUGUUAUCCUCCCUCCAUGAUGUCGAAGGUUCAAGUCCGUUGGCGGAUCGUAUGGAAUAUUACCUCAAUGGAAUCGAUGUGGACUUGUGGAGAUUGAUUGAAAAAGGUCCAUCUUAUGCACACUGUCUUGAAACAGAUGGUAUAACAGUUGCAACAGAAGAUAUGAUCUUUCUAGCCAACAAGCAGAAAGCUAAUGAUAAGAUAUGUCUUUGUGAGUUGCAUAGAGCUUUGCCACAAGUUGUGUACUACUGUAUUUAA